AUGCCUGGCGCACACAAGUUCCAGCGCACGGAACGGGGCGCUGAGCCCGUUGAGGACAUGGAGAUGUACUCGGAUGAGGAUCUCGAGGGUGGUUUUGAGGAUGUCGAGGACGCGGAGGACGACGUUGUCGACGCCGAGCCAGAUGACGUCACCGAGCGCGUGCCGUCGACGUCUUCCCACUAUGCGAUUCCGUCGAACGAAGAGAUUCACGGACUCAAAGAAACGAGCGACUUGUACAUGAACAAUGUGUUUAAGCUACAGCUGGAUGAAAUGCGCAAGCACAUGCCACCGUCCGCGACACAUAAGCCUGCGAUGGAUGACUUUUUGCGGCAUGUGCAGCAGUGCCUCGUUGCGAUCGAGGCUGUAGAGCCACAGCCUCUUAGUGCGGCCAUACGAGCGCUGGAGCGACGCGUAGGAUGUCGUGUGCAUGUGCCAUUCGCCGAGCCCGUGCCGCGCGGCGAUCCUGCCUAUGCCAUUGGGUUCGAGGCGCCCCGUACUCUCCAUCUCGUGGGCAGUUGGCCCCUCCAGACGGCUGUGCGGCGUCCGGGCGAUAUGGAUGUGGAUGUCGAGGCUGUGAUGCCCUCGACGCUGUUUCAGGAAAAGGACACGCUGAAUGCGCGCUACUUUACGAAGCGUGCCUUUUAUCUCGCUGUGCUGGCCGCGCACCUUCGGCAGGAAAAGCACGACGUUUCCUACGCCUUCGUGGGUGGCGAUCGGCGCCGUGCGUGCGUGGUGCUGCGCCCCAAGGCCCUUUCCAAGCUACGCGCCGUCGUACGUAUUCAUCUUGCGCACGAGCCGGGCCUCUUUCCCGUGGCGCGCCUGGCGCCGGAUCGCAAUAAUCUGCGUGGCGCGGCUGUCGGUGCGUCAGAGCAAGAUACGCAUGCGCUGCCCCCGACACCGAUGUACAAUACAUGUAUCGCAGCUGACUCGCUCCGCCUCGCGCAUCUCGUGUACCUGAACGCCACGUCGGAGAUGUGUGCUGGGUUCCGUGAGGCCUGUCAGCUGCUCAAGAUUUGGGCGGCACAGCGGGGAUUUGGUGCGCUUCUCUUGCAUGGAGAUGCGAAGCAUGUUGCACGCCGCACGCUCGCAGGCACGGACGAUGCACGCUUUGUGCUGAGCAUGCUCCUUGCUCACUUGCUGCACGGUGACCCGAAGGGGUCUUGGACCCGCACGUCCAAGUUGUCAGCUGGCAUGUCGAGUGUGCAGCUGUUUCGCGGUGUGCUCGAGUUUCUGGCGCGGCACUCGUUCUCUACACCGGUGUGGAUGAAGGCGCAGCCGCGCUUUGGCCUGGCCGCGUCUGAUCAUGCGCCUGCCGCGUUUGCUGUAUGUGAGCGCGUCCUUGUCGAGCCGAGUGGCUGUGUGAAUUUGCUGGCACACUGGCCUGCGUCGUCCGUGGAUAUGCUGCAGCACGAGGCCAUGCAGUCCAUGCAUAUGCUGAGUGACGGCGACGAUCAUUUUGCGGACCUGUUUCUUGUGCCGCACGAUGUCCCGCUGCAGCGCUUUGAUGAGGUGGCGACGCUGCGUCUCGUCAAGACGACGACACCGGCCGUUCCGUGCAUGGAUGCGGGCCACGCCGCCCUGUGGGCCGUGCAUCGGACAUUGCAGGUAUCCGCUCAGGCCCUGGGCCAACGAGCGUGGUGCGUCGCGAUAUGCACGCCCACGAGCGUGAUCCACCCGAUCGACGAGCCCUUGGAUCAGCCGCCGGUGGUCGAAUUGGGCGUGGGUCUGCGGGCCGAGCAUGCAUGGCACCAGGUCGAGCACGGCCCCCCGCCGGAGUCGGACGACGCGCCGACGUUCCGCGCGUUUUGGGGCGACGUGGCGGAGCUGCGUCGAUUCCGUGACGGGCGUGUGCUAGAGAGUGUCGUGUGGCCUGUGGCCUCGUUGGCGCAGCGCUAUGCACUGCCUCGGCGCAUCCUGCGUCAUGCGCUCACGUACCAUGUGUGUGCGAAGCGGAUCCGCUUUGCGGGCGAUGCGCUGGCGACGGGGUACACGGACAUACCGGGGGCGCUCGCUUCGCGCGCCUACGCACAGGACCCGGGCGUGCAUGGCUUCCAGCUCGUGCAGUCCGCCUAUGAUACCUUGGCGCGCGAGCUGCGCGCGAUGGAUGAGCUGCCGCUCUCGGUGAUCGGUGUCUCGCCCACGAGUGCGGCGCUGCGGCACAUGAGUGUGUUUGCGCCGGGCCCUAUCCGCCUCGCCGAGCUCGGCCAUGAUGUGCCGGACGUCGCAUCGUACCUGCCCGUGCACGACGUCCUGAUCACGCUCGAGAGCUCGGGUCAAUGGCCCGACGACCUCGCGGCCAUUCAGGCCAUGAAGGCGGCGCUGUAUGAGCGCAUGGCCGACGUGCUUUCACGCCGUAUACCCGGCGCCUAUGCCCGUGUCGCGUACGAUGACGACAUGGCCAAGGACCGUGAGGCCAUCCACGAUCAUGUGGCGCUGCAGCUCGUGCUGCCCGCCGGCUUUGCGUUCAGCCUCCGCAUCCACCACGACCGUGAACAGGUGCUGCUGCACCGCCUGCUCAGCGACGCGCAUGUGCGUCCACGCGCGCAAGCGGCUCUCACCCGCUAUGACACACGAUUCGUGCAUGCGCCCGCGCACCACGCGGCUCUCUCGGCCCUCCAGGACCGGCAUGCGGCGCUCGCACCGACCGUGCGCCUCGUCCGCCGCUGGUUUGGCGCCCAGCUCCUCUUGGGUCACGUGGGACCAGAAACGCUGGAUCUCUUGUGUGCCGCGGUCUUUUUGACGAAUGCGCAUGCGGUGCCUGCGACGGGCCUGCAUGGUUUUGUGCGUGUGCUCACGCUGCUCGCGCACUGGGACUGGCGCGAGGUGCCGCUCCUGCUCCCGCUGGAAAACGCGACGCGGCUCGCGCACCAGCGCAAGGCAGCUCUGUCGGACGGCGGCGUGAGUGCGCUGCCGAGCGAGCGCGCGCCGACCUUCCCGGCUGCACAGCGAGCGGAUGCCGAGCAGCAUUUCCGUGCGAUGCGUGCGCGCGACCCGGCGUACCGGCACUAUACGUGGGUCGUGGCGACGGAACACGAUACCGACGCCAAGGCGUGGAUGCAUGCGGCGCCCUCGGCCAUGGUAGCCGAUGGCGUGCGGCAACUGGCGCGUCGCGCGGCGCUGGCCCUCGAGCACGAUGCGCUGCAUGCGAUGCCCGCGCUGUUUGCGCCUGCGUAUGACGCCUACGACUUCGUCGUGCACAUUCGGCCCAGUGUGCACGUUCGGUACGCCGAGGCUCUGGCGCCCGAGGCACGACACUGGCUCGAGCCGAAGCGCAAGAAGUACGCGAACGACGAAGUGCUGCGUCCGUCCGUGUACGGCAGCGAGCUGCGCCCCGGCUUCGAUCCCGUGGGAGCCUUUGUGCGCAUGCUCAAGACGCUCUAUGGCGAUACCUUUACGCUCUUCUACGACGAGUUUGGCGGCACAGCGAUCGGCGGUCUGUGGAAUGCGGCGUAUACCAAGCCACACGCCUUCAAAGUGUGGCUCGCACACUCGGCGCGGCCGCAUGCGAAGGACGCCGUGGUGCUGAACAAGCCAGCCAUCCUCGCUGAAAUCAGGCGGCUCGGCCAAGGCAUCGUCGAGCGCAUCGAUACCAUAUAG